CUUACGUAAGGGGACAAAAGAGCAGUAUAACGAAUAAGCAGGUGCAGGGCGGCAAUAGAAAACGGCGACGUUUCCUGUUCUGCCCUUUGCCUUGAGAUCCCAUCUCUUCCCAAUUUCCUUUCCUCAACGAUCUCGCCCUCUAAAAUUGAAAAGUUCCAAUCUUUGCACCUUUUUUCCUACGGAUUAAUUUUUAUGUAAUUCUGAAAGUUUCAGUCUUUUCACGAAUCGAUCUAUCUCCCGGCGAAGAUUGCAUCUGAGUGGUGCUGUUAGAGUGUUAUAAUGUCUGGGGAGGGCGGUGAGGUUACUCAAGUGCCUGAAACUCAGGUAGAUGAUUCUUUGAAGCCUGAGAAAGUAUUGUCUGAAACAAAUGGAGAUCUUUCCAAGGAAAAUGGUGUGAUUGAUGGCAAUGUGAGUUCGGAUGACACUCAUGAUCAGCUUUUACAAACAGUUAAUGAACUCCAAUUUGAGAACGAAUUCCUGAAGUCUCAGCUAAAGAGCUUGAAAAAUUUUCAAUCAGAACAUGAUGGUCCUUCCCAACAAACUGAAGCAAGCAGUGAGGAAACUUCGGUAUUAGCAGAUGUGAAAGAGCUACAUGAAAGGAUAGAAUCUUUGAGCAGAGAACUUAAUGAAGAAAAACAAACACGAGUUGCAGCAGAGCAGGCUUUGAAGCAUCUUCGAGAAGUCUACUCAGAAGCAGAUGCCAAAGCUCAAGAACUCUCUGGCAAGCUUGCUGAAGCUCAACAAAAGUUGGAUCAAGAAAUAAAAGAGCGAGAGGAGAAGUACAGUGAACUUGACUCAAAAUUUAACCGGCUUCACAAGCGUGCAAAACAGCGGAUUCAAGAGGUUCAGAAGGAAAAAGAUGAUCUUGAGGCCAGGCUUCGUGAAGUUAAUGAAACAGCUAAGCGAGCAUUAUCCCAACAGUCAGGAACGCAGCAAGAGCUCGAGCGCACACGACAACAAGCAAAUGAAGCAUUGAAAGCAAUGGAUGCAGAGAGACAGCAAUUGAGAAGUGCAAACAAUAAACUCCGAGAUAAUAUUGAGGAAUUGCGCCGUUCAAUGCAACCUAAAGAAGAUGCACUUGAGGCAUUGCAGCAGUCACUUUUGGAGAAAGAACAGAUGUUGGAAGAUUUGCAAGGGUUACUAGAAGCUGCAGAUGAAAGAAAGCAAGCUUCACUGGCUGAGCUAGCUGCUAAACAUCAGAAGAAUAUGGAGAGCUUGGAAGCACAACUUGCUGAUGCUUUAUCGGAUAGAACCAAAGCCACCGAAACAAUUUCCUCCCUCCAGGUGCUACUGGCAGAAAAAGAGUCUAAGAUUGCUGAGAUGGAUGCGGCAUCAACUGGUGAAGCUGCACGAUUAAGAGCUGCUGUAGAAUCUAUUAAAGGAGAGCUUGCACACCUGAAACAUGAGCAUGAGAAGGAAAAGGAAAGCUGGGAAGCUGCCUCUAAGGCGUUCAAAACAAAACUGGAAAUUGCUGAGAGUAACUGCAUUCGUGCUGAAAUAGAAGCUGCUAAAAUGAGAAGUCAGCUGGAAUUAGAGGCAUCUGUGCAAACCCAGAUGCUAAGUACCAGAGAAGCUGAGCUAGCAGCUGCAAAAGAAGAGAUUAGCCGCCUUGAAAGGGAAUUUUCCUCUUACAAAAUUCGUGCUCAUGCACUUCUCCAGAAAAAGGAUGCAGAGCUUGCAGCAGCCAAAGAUUCUGAACAAAUAAAAGAACUUGAAGAAGCACUAAAAGAGACAGAAAGGGAAGUAUCAUUCAUAUCUGCAGAAAGGGAUGAGGCCCGUCAAGAUCUUCAGAAUGUUUUAUCUAAUCAUGACAAAGAACUUGCCGAAAGAGAUGCAGCACUUGACAAUGCCAAACAGCAGAUCAAGAGUUUAGAGGUGAAUCUUGAUUCUGCUAAGGCUCGCCACCAAUCGGAGAAAGUUGCAUGGGAAAUAGACCUUAAAAAUUUGGAAGAAACUUGGCGACUCAGAUGCGAAGCACUUACUGCUGAAAAUGAAGCAUCUUCUAGUGAAGAUAUACAAAAAGAAUUAGAGGAGACAAAACAACGGUAUAAGCGGUUGAAGGAUGAGCAUGCAUCAUUCCGUGAUCUUGCUGAUAGAAUGAUCGAGGAGAAGGAUAAAGAAAUUUCUAGGCUUUUGGAUGACAACAAGAAUCUUCAACGAUCUUUAGAAUCAAGACCCCUGGCUGACCACGCUGGGAAUUACAACACAGCCACACAAAAACAAGAUGCUCCAAAUUUAAGCACCUCUGCAGCAGAACAGCAGAUUCUGCUUUUGGCAAGGCAGCAGGCUCAGAGGGAGGAAGAGCUGGCACAAUCGCAGCGACACAUUUUAGCCCUUCAGGAAGAAAUUGAGGAGCUUGAACGUGAAAAUCGCCUCCACAGUCAACAGGAAGCUAUGCUGAAGGAGGAACUUCGCAACAUGGAAAGAUCAAAAAGGAGAGAAGGUGUUGAUAUGACAUAUCUGAAGAAUGUUAUCCUGAAGCUUCUUGAAACAGGUGAAGUGGAAGCUCUACUACCAGUUGUGGGAAUGCUUCUUCAAUUCAGUCCAGAAGAGAUGCAGAAGUGUCAACAAGCCUACCGAACCUCUAUAGAUGUUCCGGCAAGCCCAGCAAAUGAAGCUUCAGGAUCAACCCUUUCUCUUUUCUCAAGAUUUUCGUUUUCGUAAUAUAGAAUUUCUUCGGCUGGAUGACAAAAUCUUGGACAUCUGCUUUCCAGCCGCAGCCACAGUAGCCGUAAGCCAUGGCCACAGUGAGAAAAUAUUGUAUUUUCUUUUCUUGUAACAUUGAAGUCAUUAAUUUACAUAAUGAUUCAUCAGUUGUAAAGAACACUCACGUCACCAAGGAGAAUAUUGGUAUACAUACAUCAAAUGUCAAAGCAAACUUCUUUCGGCUCCA